AUGACGUACGUUUACGCUGUGUGUGAAUCUCUCCGCAGCCGCCUGGAUGCCAAUCACAUCUCCAGCGUUCCCAUUGGCUGUUUCUCCGGCCUGCGCUCGCUCCGCCACCUGUGGUUGGACGAUAACGCCCUGACGGAGGUGCCGGUGGAGGCGCUGGGCGAGCUGCCCGCCCUGCAGGCCAUGACGCUCGCCCUGAACCACAUCAGCCACGUCCCAGAUCUGGCCUUCGGCACGCUGGGCCGCCUCGUGGUGCUCGACCUGUCGUCCAAUCAGCUGUCGUAUCUGCCUCUGAUUGGUCUAAAGAGUCUAACUCACCUGCGAUUGGCUGGAAACACCCAGCUGAUGGAGUUAAUACCCCGAGAGGAGCUGCCCCGAGUCAGGGUGAUGGAGCUUCCUCACGCCUUCCAGUGCUGUGCCUUUGUUUCCUGUGAGAGGAGAGGAGGAGGUGCAUCAUGGGAGAGGGAGGACACCGCAGACUCCAUCGGGACAGAGACGUCCGUCCUCUCCAGCCAAGUGGAUCAGGACUGGGAGGAUUUCUUGAUAGAGUUUGAAGAUGAACCCAAGCUUCAGCACUCGGUCCACUGCAGCCCUGCUCCAGGACCGCUCCGGCCCUGCCUCCAUCUGCUCGGCAGCUGGUUGAUCCGCGGCGGCGUGUGGCUGAUUGCUGCGCUGUCAUUGGUCAGCAACAGCCUGGUGGUCCUGUCGGUCUUCUUUUCUCCCGCCGCCUCAGUGACACCAUCCAAGCUGCUGAUUGGUCUUCUGGCCCUGGUGAACGGCCUGAUGGGAGUGUGGAGCGGGUGGUUGGCGGCGGUGGAUGCCUGGACGUUCGGCAGCUUUUGGAGGUAUGGAGCGAGCUGGGAGAGCAGCUUCCUGUGUCGCCUCAGCGGCUUCCUGUGCGUGUUUGCGUCGCAGACCGGCCUCUUCCUGCUCACCGCCGCGGCUCUGGAGCGAUGCCUGGCCGCCGGCGCCGCACGCCGCCGCCAACCCGAGGGACGCAGUGAAACCACUUCUCACACAUCUGGGGGAGGUCUGCGUCGGCCUCUGAUGGGACAUGGACUGGACCUGAAGACCAGCAGUCGGACACGCUCCGAGACCGCUGACGGACCCACGGCCUGA